UGUGCUCGAGGGGUGCCGACCCGGCCGGACCGAGCGCGCAGACGGGCGGACGUCGUCGAGGGGGCGCGGCUGCCGCUGGGCUGGACAAGACAGGCGAUCCGGAUUCGAGUGCCCAUCUCCACCGGACACCCAGAACACCGACGAUGGAGCGUCUGGCGCCCAAUGGCGACUUCCCGGCGAUGGCGCGCACCAGCGCCUGCCGCAGCCUCUUCGGGCCGGUGGACCACGAGGAGCUGGGCCGCGAGCUGCGGAUGCGCCUGGCCGAGCUGAGCGCCGAGGACCAGAACCGCUGGGACUUCAACUUCCAGCAGGACGUGCCGCUGCGCGGCCCCGGCCGCCUGCAGUGGACGGAGGUGGACAGCGAGUCGGUGCCCGCCUUCUACCGCGAGACGGUGCAGGUGGGGCGCUGCCGCCUGCUGGUGGGGCCGCGCGCCCCGCCCGUGACCCUGGCUGUCAUCUCGCGCCCCCUGGAGCCGCCGCCCGCUGAGCCCCGCGACGACGACUCGGAGGACGAGGAGCCCGACGAGCCGCCCGCCCCGCCCUCCGCGGGCCGCCCCGCCCCUACCUGGGAGGGCGUGCAUGAACACCGAGGGCAGGCGCGAGGCGAAGAGCAGCGGGACGCCGGGCAGGGCGGGCAGGCAGGCGGCCGCCAGGAGCAGGUCCUCACUCGGGGAGUGACAACUGGAGCCCAGUGGCACGGUGCAGUCUUUUGGGGGACACUGGACCCCGAUGUGACAGGCAUGGGACCUUCAACUGGGGCCCAGCGGGAGCCCCUGGUCACGUGGGAUACGGCACUGGAAAGGGUGCUGGGCUCUCGGCCCCUCUCUGGUCCUGCCCUGUGCGCUGGCCUCCUCCUCGCCUGCACGCUUCCAUCACAGUGA